AUGACAGUACUUGCGAAACUUCAGAAGGACCGUGCUGAUUCCAAACAAAUAGAAGCACACACGCACAAGAUGUUUGCCAAAGCCGGCGUCUUAGACAUAUUGAAACCGUCUAAUGUUGAACUCUGUUUGAUCGUACAGAAAUCACUGGAGAAAAAUUUUAAGAAUGUGGAAGUGGACCUCAAAACUUGUCCCGAUCUGUCAGCAGCGCCCUUCAACAUGACUUCGAAUGGUUUUGGUCGUAAACUCGUAAUAGCUGAAGUUGGCGGACCAGGCAAUCUUUACCCAGUCAUACAUAAAGAAAAAGAAUUCGAUCUACUGGAGAUUUGUCGGCAUUGCCAAGCACCAUCGUCUUUCGUGUUUGGUCCUGGUGCAGGUCCCUGGCAAGUGGUUGGGAAAAAUUGUGAAAUGGUCGCUGAUGCGAAUUUCUCCACAUCAAAAGUUGCUACCAAAUUAGCAUCAAUAGUGGAAGGUCAUGCAAAACCAUACUUGAUGUCCACAACUGACUCUCCAAAGUUCAAUCUGAUGGCCAAUCUGGCGAUAUCUGCCAAAGCUGGACCUGCUGAGGUAGUGCAUUGCAAGUGUUCUGUUCGAGUUGGGGAAGAAAAUUUUCCGGAGACGAUACGUAGAGGACUUGCCGCUCACUAUGGCGAGAAAUGUGUAUCUCUCGCCGGCAUAUUUCUGCUAAGAGAAGGUGAAGCAAAACUUCAUGUGAUGCCCGAUUUCCCAGGAUGCCCGUUUGGAAGUGAAAAGGAAAUCGAGCAGUGGCUGCGCUUCUUCACAAUGAAAGCUCCUCUAGUCUGUGCUUCUGUGUUCCACUCCUACGACCCUGGCCAUAAAUUACGAAUGGAACACACUCAUUGUUAUUCGGAGCAUGGCGAUGCUGGACAUUAUCAUUAUGAUACUACUCCUGAUACAGUUGUCUACGAAGGAUGGUUUGCUGCUGCAGAAAAAAUCUAUCGAAUAGAUGAAGUUUGAUGAUCGCAGGCUUCCAUUUUUCUUUUGAACUGAAACACUGAAAAGAUGAACGCGUUGUUGUGCAGUUAUCAACUGUUCAAGUAUCGAUAUUUGAUAAUCUUAGUAUCACUAUAGUUGAUCACUAUGGUUGUCAGAAGAUUGCUAGAUUUUAUUUUCAUCUAUGCACGCUCAAUUCAUUGAACACUCUGUAUUUUGGAGCACUUAUGUUCCUCAUUUUUUUUAAUCACAUGGUCUGUAUCUUCCCUUCACUUGGGUCCACUUCGCACGUUGUUUUCUGGCUCCGUCAUCGAUAGAAAUCCUUCAAUUUUUGCAAUUUGAACUUUCAUUUCGAAUUUAUCUGUUUUUUAUAUACUAGAACCACUUUUUCUUUUUACCUAAAAUUGAACUCUCGCC